GUGGGGAGGGACAAACCAGGCGUACCGGGAAAUCAGCCGAGAGGAGAGCGAACGCUGAGCCCUCUGCCCAGCCCUGUGCCGGGCCCCGCUGCCGGGGCUGGCCCUGCUGGGCGGCCGGGGCUGCCGGUCGCGGCGGGACCUGCCCCGGCCGGUGCCGCUCGGCCCGGCCCCGCUGCUCACACCCUGCCUGGCUGCACCGUCCGCCUGCCAGCGCGGCCCUUCCCCUUCGCCCGCCGAUGUUUACCCCGCGACCGGCUUCUUGCUCCCAAGGCCGAGAAGGCUUUUGGGCCUGUGCUGUUCAGUGAAGGUGAAGAAGCCCCACGCAGGCUCUUGGUGCGGUUGUUUAUCCAAGUCCGCAGCUGUUGAUGACAGGAGGGCUGGAUCGGGCUGAACCGGGAGUCCUGGGCCCUCCGGAGGGCUGUGUGACAGGCUGGCCUGCAAAAAGGGGGUUCUGUGCAACUGACAGGUGCCUGGAAGGACGUGGUAUUUCUGGGAGGAAAACCACCCCGGGAUGUUUUAUCCUGUCACUCCUAUUUUUUACUUUGUCAUCCCAGGAGCCUCGUCUGCCCCGGGGGGGGUGGAAGGCUGAUGGCAGUGGUGACUGUCACUGCAGUCACGGUGGAACUGGGGCUUCCAGGCCCUGCCGUGGCAUUGUUGUGCUGCUCCAGGGAGGAAGCCAGAGCAUGUGGCCCAGAGAAUGCUGAAAAAAGUAUGUCUCCAUCAUGCAGGUGAAUCCUGGGACAGCGAAAGAAAUCACAGUUGUAUCAUUCAAUGUGUAGAAUAAACAAACCCUAAGCCAGCUGCUCCCACCAACCCUAAUUCUGUGGGUACCAGCUCAACACUUUAUUGACCUCAUAGGAAGCUGUGUGUUUUUGUCAGGUCUUGAGUUGUCUUCCUGAAUGUUUUUCUUACUGUGUUUCUUGGCAGCUCUUUGAACGAUUUCUGUAUUAAAUCCUUAGAAAAAACAUUUUCAUGUCAUCUUCAGAGACUUAACAGUGAUGGUGUUUUAGUGCUACAUGUUAUUGGCAGACUUAGCUUUAGUCCAUUAAUGAAUGCAUCAGAAAGAUGUAUCAUAAUCUGUCAUAAGUAAUCCAUAAUCAGGCUCUACCCUUCAUGUUAGUGAUGUAUUCCAGCUGACAGGCUCAUGGCCACUUUGUGCAAGCUAAUUUAAUCUUUAAAUCAUAUUGGUUUUUCCAUUUGAUAAGACUAGUAAGAGGUUUGAAUUGGUAGGCAGGGUGGUUUUAGCAAAGAGCUGACAGUUUGCUAUCUUUUAAAGCACUGUUCACAAAUGCUCUUCAAGUUCAUCAAGUCUCAGUGACUACAGAGACUAUAAUAAUUUCCUGGAAGGCAAGUAAUUUGUUCCUCUUGUAAAACUUGGACAGGUAUGUCUGUUUGAUACGUCUUUCGUGGAUAUCGUGAUACCUUUCUGUGUUUACUGGGUUGUUUUUUUUAAUUCCUUUGCUUCAGGUUGAAAAGAUGGGAAAUGCAGAAAGCAAUGUCUAUCAGAAUCACCUUUCCAGAUUUCUUCCUGAGGAGCAGUCUGACAUCGAUCGACUGUUUGAUACCUUAUCAGGAUCAAGUGGCUCAGCUGGAGAAAAAAAUGCCAAAGCUACAAAGAAAACUGUGACUCUGGCAGCACUGCAGGCGUAUAUUCGGGAGCCAUUACCAGAGCAAAUGAGUGCUCGGUUAUACAAUGGAAUGAGAAGUAUCGACCUGACUGGGAAAUCAUCUGGGCUGUGUGAACAGAUUGCUAAGGAGCAAUUUGUAAUUUUUAUGUCAAACCUCUUAAAAGGAAAUGCAGAUGAGAAGAUUACCAUAAUAAUGAGAAUGAUCUCCAAGACUGAAGGGCCUGUGAAGGGCAAACAAAUCCAAGAGUUCACAGAGGAUCUGAUCAUGUCCGUAGUCCAUGUACUGAACUACAGAAAGGAACUGAAAGGUUGGAGUUUGGAGAAUACUAGGGAUUCUACAAUUGGAAUAAAGGCUCUGGCUUCCCAGCUGCUCUCAGAAUUGAAGCUUGCAGAUGGGACAAAACCUGCAGGUCCUCAGCUGAUGGAGACAAGUUUUGAUGAACAUGCCAUUCAAGAUUGGGUGUAUCAAGUUCCACAGAUCUCAGUGUUCCUCAGUGUUGUUAUCAGGCAAGGCCUCCAUGUUCUGCAUUCUCUCCCAGACCAAACCAAAGACAUAGUCAACCUGCUUCCAGGCUGCAAAGGCAUCAAGGGAAGAGGAGUUGUCAGUCUCUUUGACAUCCCAUCCAUCAUUUACAUCAACUCCCAUCUGCCUGCAGAGCUACAGCACAAGUGGCAGCUUUUAUUUUCUUCUAGACUUCAUGGAGAAAGCUUUUCACAGUUAUGUGCACAUAUAGUGAACAAAGGUCCUUGCAUAGUGAUCUUAAAGGACUUAGAUGGUUAUAUCUUUGGUGGGUUUGCAUCUCACACCUGGGAGGUGAAGCCACAGUUUCAAGCACCAGAAGGGUCCUUAGGACAAGCUAAACUUUUUGUUCCUUUGAAACCCCCGGGGAGAAGAGAAGGUUUUUUUGGUGACAACAGAUGCUUUCUGUUUUCUGUUUUCCCCUCUCUUGCUGUAUACACAUACACAGGGUAUAAUGAUCACUACAUGUAUUUGAACCAUGGCCAACAAACUAUGCCAAAUGGACUUGGCAUGGGUGGACAACACGAGUACUUUGGACUCUGGAUAGACAGUGACUAUGGGAAGGGCCACAGUAAAGCAAAACCUCGAUGCACCACCUACAACAGCCCCCAGCUGUCAGCCAAGGAGGAUUUCACACUAGAUGCCAUGGAAGUCUGGGCAGUGGGAGACCUCCCUGAACAUACUGGGACCAAAGGUAAGAAGAGUAUCCUGGAUGUAGAUCCUGAGGCCCAGGCCUUACUGGAAAUGAUUGGAAAACCACGUCAGAGCGAAGGGCUACGGGAGCCCCUUGAAGAGGAUGAGGACAACUAAAAGAAUCACAUUAACAUUAAAAACCUUUUUUGCUGUUGUGGGUUUUUUUUCCCCUCUCCUGAUUCUUAAUGUUCCUUGGACAGCACUUUUUUUUCCCUACAUGUACCUGAUUAUCUGGGACAAAGCUUAAGCCAUGUAUUUAUGUAAUAAUUAGGUCCAAUACAAUAUCCUGCCUGGAGGGGUUUUUUAGGGAGGACAGAAAAAUUAACUAGGUACUUAAUGAUGAGACAUCUCUAAUUUCUAGCUGAAUAAUAAUUUCCUAGUAUUCCUGAGAGAUCCUGUCUGCUUACAGAAUGAAAAACAUAAGUUAUUGACAUUAUGGCUUACUGGAGAAUUUACAUAUAUUUAUAGAGAGAUUGUUCAAGACACUGAUUAAGGCUCUUAUACCUCAGCUGCACAUAUUUAUUUGCAUGCAAUGAAAUUAAUCAGUGAAGCUUGCAAAUUUUAAGUAUAUCUUAUAUUGGUAAACACAGAAUAGUCCACAUGACUCCCAUCUGAAAGAUGCUAUUGCAUUGCUCCACUUACAGCAUUAAAUGUCAUGUUUUCCAAGUCAGAUUUUCAGUGACUCUUAAGUGUUAUAGCAUCCAGUUUUAUAACGCUACACCUUAGUGCACUUCACUUAAGAUGUUUCUGCACAAAUUUGCCUAUUGCUCUUUAAUCUUAAUAGAACAGAACCCCUUUGUCCUAAGAAUGUGCCAUACCUCCAGCAGAAAUUCUCUAGGGGAGGUCCCUUCUUUAGUAGCCUCACUUGCCACUGGAGUUAAGGUUCAGGGUGUGAAAAGGAUUAAGAAGCAUCCACAGUUAAUUGGGAAUAUCUGCAGAUACCUUGUAAAAAAAUAAUAAAGAAAUCAGGGUUACGUCUGCAACAUGUUUAAAGAAGACUGCUGUACACUUUAGUCCACACAAUCAUUACAGUAUUAUGGAAAAAAAGGCCUGCAAUAUGAAAUGUAGUUAGUGGGUUGGAGUUUUUGCUCUGUUGGCUCUUUACCUGUUUUGUCAAGUCUCUUAUACUCAGGGCUUUUUUUACUUGAAUCUGUUCACAACUAUCAAGUCAUGAUUAGUUUGAUCUUGCUAAUUCUGUGUGUAACAAACCUGUCAAAAAUAAACCUGAUUUCUAGCAGGGAUUGUAAUUUCUUACUCAGCAAA